GCAGGCAACAAGAUGGUCGUGUAGUUCUGACGACGAAGGAACGUAAUUCACUGAAGACGGACGCCCCUUAAAACCGGGUUUUAUUAACGAAGUGUACGCGUUUAUUUUGCGUGCAAAAUGACCGCGAUUCCUGGCACCGUGGCCUUCGACGAGUACGGCCGACCUUUUAUCAUCCUUCGUAAUCAGGAGAGACAAAAACGGCUGACCGGCAACGAUGCAAUUAAGUCCCACAUUUGGGCAGCCCGCAAUGUAGCCAAUAUUCUAAGAACUUCUUUGGGACCUAAGGGUCUCGAUAAAUUAAUGGUAAGCUCUGAUGGAGAUAUUACUGUAACAAAUGAUGGAGCAACAAUCCUGAAGAACAUGGAUGUGGACCAUGAAAUUGCCAAAUUAAUGGUCCAAUUGUCCCAAUCUCAAGAUGAUGAAAUUGGAGACGGUACAACUGGUGUUGUUGUAUUAGCUGGUGCACUUUUGGAACAAGCUGAGCAACUGUUAGAUAAAGGAAUUCAUCCAAUCAGAAUAGCAGAUGGUUUUGAAAUGGCAGCAAAAUGUGCUACUGAACAUCUCAAGACUAUUGUAGAUGACUUUGAAGGAAGCAGCGAAUAUUUGGAACCCUACAUCAAUAUUGCUAUGACCAGUCUUGGCUCAAAAAUCAUCAACAAGUGUCAUAAGCAAAUGGCAGAAAUAGCUGUAAAUGCUGUAUUUGCAGUUUUAGAUCCUGAAGCACGGGAUGUGAAUUUUGAACUCAUUAAAGUAGAGGGAAAAGUUGGUGGCAGGUUGGAAGACACUAUCCUGGUUCGUGGUGUUAUAGUCGAUAAGGACUUCAGUCAUCCUCAAAUGCCAAAGAGGCUGGAAGAUGUUAAGCUGGCCAUUCUAACGUGUCCAUUUGAACCACCUAAGCCAAAAACAAAGCAUAAGUUAGAUGUUACUUCAGUUGAAGACUACAAGGCUUUGCGUGAAUAUGAACGGGAAAAAUUCACAGAAAUGGUGAAGAGGGUGAAGGAUGCAGGAACAACACUUGCUAUUUGCCAGUGGGGAUUUGAUGAUGAAGCAAAUCAUCUUCUCCUGCAAAAUCAAUUGCCUGCUGUCAGAUGGGUUGGUGGUCCAGAAAUUGAGUUAAUUGCUAUUGCAACUGGUGGUCGUAUCGUUCCGCGUUUCGAAGAAUUAACACCUGAGAAACUUGGUCACGCCGGUGUUGUUAGGGAGCUGACAUUUGGUACCACCAAGGAUCGUAUGCUCGUCAUUGAGGAAUGCAAGAACUCUCGCGCAGUCACCAUUUUUAUUCGCGGCGGCAACAAGAUGAUCAUUGAAGAAGCUAAGCGAGCAAUUCACGACGCGCUCUGUACGGUUCGCAACUUGAUCAAAGAUAAAAAGAUUUUAUACGGCGGAGGUGCUGCCGAAAUUUCCUGCGCCAUUGCGUGCGAGAAUGAAGCUAACAAAAUAAGGACUCUGGAACAGUAUGCAUUCCGUGCGUUCGCAGAAGCGUUGGAAGCUGUGCCAAUGGCACUAGCUGAGAAUUCUGGCCUUUCCCCAGUGGACACCCUGGCUGACAUAAAGGCACGCCAAGUGGCAGAAAAUAAUCCCGCUCUCGGUAUCGAUUGUUUGAAUUGGGGUAAUGCGGAUAUGAAAGCCCAAAACAUAAUCGAGACUCUAACCAGCAAAACGCAACAAAUCUUGCUGGCUACACAAUUGGUCAAAAUGAUACUCAAGAUCGAUGACAUCCGUUCGCCAACUGAUGCCCGUGAUGCAGCCUAAAGAAAGUAUUUUUAGCUUCGAAAGAUUACUGUAUGAAAAGAUCUAAUUAUAAUUAUUACAUAAUUCACCUUUUUUGCUUUCUCGAGCUUCAUUCACACUUCUAAUUUGACGUUUAAAUUGAAUUAACUUCUUCUCUCGUCUGUUCGCUAUAACAAGGAUAAUUUAUAUAACAAUAUUGUGAUACAACACGAAUAAACUGUUUUACUUUUUACCAACA